AUGUUACCAUGCAUUAUCUGGCUUCAGCCUUUCCUCGCCUUGCUCUCCUCCACACUGCUCACGCGGGGCCUCAACUGUCCAUCCAGCUGUCUGUGUCCGGACCACCACACAGUGGACUGCACUAAUCAAGGUCUCACCCACCUACCGGACUUAAUUCCCCUGGAUGUCCGACGCCUCCUGCUCUCCAAUAACUGGAUUCCCCGGAUCCCCUCUGACUUCCUGGUCCUCUACAGUGACCUGGUCUACUUGGACCUACGGAACAACUCCCUCUCCCAGCUGGAGCCCGGGACCCUCAGCACUGCCUCCAAACUGGUCUUCCUGGACCUGGGGAGCAACAACCUCACCGAGAUCCCGUCAGGGACUUUCAGGGAGUCACGGAGCCUCAUCAAGCUGCGUCUUGGCAAGAAUCCAUUCUUGAGCAUGGUGGAGGAGGACGCCUUCAGAGGCUUGAACUCACUCAGGGAGCUGGAGUUGGAGGAGAAUGGUCUGGCAUCGCUGGACGUAGCGGUGCUGGAGACGUUGCCCUCCUUACAGAAGUUGCGGUUGGAAGGAAACCCCUGGAUUUGCAGCUGUUACUUUGCCAAACUAUUUGUGUGGCUGACAGAAAACCGCCGCAAGCUUCCAACGGGUAUGGAGGGAAUAGAGUGCUCCCUCCCUCCCGAGGGCCGCCGCGUGCCGCUCAACCUGCUCUCUGAGGACAGCUUCCGGGAGUGCUGGGGCUAUCUCUCCCUCACCGACUACCUCAUUGUCAUCUUCUCCGGCAUCUCCGUCUCAGUAGUGGCCAUCAUGGCCAGCUUCUUCCUGGCCUCCACCGUCCACUGUUUCCAUCGCCUCCGCAAGGGCGGCAAAGGAGACGAAGAGGAUGGGAACGACUGA